CACACCUCCACACUCCAACAAGCGGAUGCGUCUCACUUGACUUUUUCUUCUCAUUUCGCUCCUCUACGGACCCAGCCAGAUAUUUAAAAAGAUGUCGCAAUAUUUCACCUCUGUUUCGGUUCAAAUUGACGGCGGUGGAGUUUAAAGGUGGCCGGUUCGACUUAUUAUCAUUACAGACUCACUUUUUCUGGAGUUUAAACCUGUUUUCUGUGAGCACAGCGCUGCCUUCAAAGGCGGCAGCCAGCAUCCGUUAAAGAUCGAGAAGACCGACAAGAAAGUAAAUUUCCCUCUUCGGUGCCAAGAGGUUUGAUCUGUCUGGAUGGAAUGAUGAUCUUCUUGAUAAUCAGAGAGAAGGACCAGAACCUGACCAGGCUGCUGCAGAGGCCGAGCGGAAGUGAGGCGAGCCAAGAUGGCCUAAAGAAAGAAGAGGUUAUGUAAAGUGUAUAUAACACUGUACUGACUGUACACAUCAACUGUAUAUAACAGACAUUUGAGGACUCAGAGGAGGCCCAUCAAAGGCCAGUUCAAUUAGCUGAAUGACCUUUACAGGAGAGCAUCUCUGGUGAUGGAUUUUCCGCUAAGCCUGCUACCAAACCUACCAUCUGCAUACGGAAGUACAGCGCACACAGAGUGAUCGCUGCUUUGACUUCCUGGCGGACCCUGUAAAUCGACCAGAACAGCUAGAUCUUUGACUUCCUCGGAAGAACCGCAAACAUUUUGAGGUGUGAAAUAACUAGAGGCAGCCAUGAACGGCUAUCCGGAGAUGUCAGUGAAGUGUGUCCUGGUUGGGGACAGCGCUGUCGGCAAGACGGCCCUGCUGGUCCGCUUCACCUCGGAGACCUUCCCGGACACCUACAAGCCAACAGUGUUUGAGAACACUGGGGUGGAGGUCUACAUGGAUGGUGUCCAGAUCAGUUUGGGACUGUGGGACACAGCGGGCAACGACAACUUCAGACAGAUCAGGCCGAGAUCGUACCAGCAGGCCGAUGUCGUCCUCAUCUGCUACUCUGUGGCAAACCCGAGCUCUCUGGCCAGUAUCCAACACAAGUGGAUCGCUGAGGUUCGGGAACACUUGCCCAAGGUGCCGGUGCUGGUUGUGGCAACCCAGACAGACCUGAGGGAGGGCGUGCAUCGGGCCAGCUGCAUCUCACCAAUGGACGGGAAGCGUGUGGCACACGAAAUCCACGCUAAAGGCUAUCUGGAGUGCUCCUCGCUGAGCAACCGCGGCGUGCAGCAGGUUUUUGAGUACGCAGUGCGGACUGUUGUGAAGCAGGAAAAGAAACGGGCCAGGAGGAGCAUGUUCAGCAUCAACCAGUGCAAGGCCUUUUGACCUCCAUGUGGUGGACACCUGAGCCUCUCGUCAGACUUUUAGUGUGCGGUUCAAACUCAGCUGACCUCGCAGAGGAGCAAGAACCUAAAAUGUGAUUGCUCAGAUAUAGCUAGGGGUGUGUUUCACUAACCUCCCAAAAUGUAUUUCAAACUGAGUAUGCACUGAUUAAAAAAUAUACCCCAUGGACCUUAAUGCGUGUGCACAGAGAUGGAAGAGGAUCUAUGUUUGUGAGAUCCAGGGGAGUAGUCAGACGUAGUGCUGAUUCUUACAUGGAGUUGUGUCUAAUGGGACGAAGGAUUUUUGACAAAGACUGUUACUUAAUUAUAGUGUUUGAAGACUGACGUGUCAGUCUACAGUCACAUCAGCAAAUGAACUUUAUAGGCAGAAUACACCAAAUAAACGCAUUUACUAUCACAAAUAAAGCGACACAAGCAACUUUCUGUAGUGGCACGGAGCUAUAAUGAUAUGAUGUUCACAUCUGAUUAAAUCCAAUGUAGAAAACUCUUUUUUAUUGAAAGAAAUUAGUAAAAAGGUGUGUGAGCAAUGAUUUUAACUAUCCAUAAUAGGAUAAUGUAGGUGGCUUCUCAGAUAGCGUGAUGGAAAAAUUUUGUUAGGCUGUACAUGCAAUACAUUUCUCUAUAUGUUCUUCAAAGAGGAAUCGUAUUUGUUGUGACGAGGAAAUGAACCGUUGACCAGGAAAAAUACUGAUGAAAAUGCCUACAGGCUGCUCGUUUUCUCUAGAUUUUACAUGUAUCCUAUUUAAAUGUGUCAAAUCUGUCAAACAAGUUUCUAUUGUUUUGGAUGUUUCCAUAUCAGCUAUUGAAAAAAUUAUAAUGACCUUAAAAAUGUGGAUUGAAAAUGAAUGAAAAAGUCUGCAGACGUAAUUUGCAGACCCACCUAAUGUUUAUUAUAAAAUAGACAAACGCAAGACAUCAGCAUUUUCUGAAAUGUUCACAUUUUAUUAAAAUCCUGCCACAUAUCAGUGACUACCACCAGUAGAUUUUUGUACAUUGUUGUUUUUUUUAUUGUUUAUUGUACACCUUCUUUUAGAAAAUACAGCAGAAAUAUCAACAUACGACCUUCUGUCUGCAUUUUGUUUCUUUGCGUGGUGUUUGUUGAACAACUAACUCACUCAAAACUAAAUACAACUACAGAAUCAACCAUUUAUCAUUUUUGCUUUAAUUUAUCUGUACAGUUUGUGUAAUUGUACAGUUUUGACCCGUAAUGGGUAACUGAAUGAAUAAACACAGGGAAUUAGCAAAUCUAAAAACUGGAAAAAGUCUGCAUAAUUAUCAAUCAUUUAUGACUUUUCAUUUGACAGUUUUAGACCUAUAUUUAUCAUUUUUGUCGUUUUUUGGUCUAAUGAUAUUGAAUUUAAAGUUGUAUUUGUCCAUCACUGCUCACGUUUAUCUGUCUUCCAUUACUUACUGGUCCUGAAUAAACUUUAUAAGAAUCACA